AGCUGGGAUAGAGUGGGGCAGGAGGCGCGCGAACAGCUGACAGUCUGCCGGCUUUUGUGAGCUGGCUGGCCAGCGUCCCAUUCAGUCGCGUUGCGGACGCCGUUGUGGCUUGUGUGGUGUGCCUACUUCCUUCGACAAGAUGCAGCUCCGCGGGCCGGCGCUGGUGCUGCUCCUGGUGGCAAGUCUGGCGGCUCCCGCGUCCGCCGCGCGCAUCCUCGCCAUCUUCCCGCACUUCGGGAAGAGCCACUUCGACUUCUUCGAACCGCUGAUGAAGGCGCUAGCUGCGAGAGGACACGACUUGCACGUCCUCAGCUACUUCCCGCAGAAGCAGCCGCUAGCCAACUACACGGACCACAUCCUGGAGGGGUCGAUGCUGGCGCCAGCCACGGGCGGUGUGUCGCUGCGCGCGCGCGCCUCGGAGAACCCCGUGCAGCAGCAGCUGCAUUUGGCCUACAUGGGGCUCAGCACCUGCGAGGCCGUGCUCAGCCACAACACCACGCAGCGCCUGCUGCGCUCAGAUCUGCACUUCGACCUGCUCAUAACGGAGCUCUUCAACACGGACUGCUUCCUAGGCUUUGUACACAGGUUCAAGGCUCCAUUCAUUGCACUGAGUUCAUGUGCUCUUAUGCCGUGGUCUAAUGGAAGGAUGGGUAAUCCUGACAAUCCAGCUUAUAUACCAAAUCUUUUUGCUCCUCUUGGUAGCAAAAUGUCAUUCUGGGAAAGAACAUACAAUACUGGUCUCUAUUUGUUGCAUCAAUUAAUUCGUAAACUGCUAGUUGACAUACCAUCACAGAAAGUGGCAAGUCGUUUCUUUGGUUCUGACUUGCCUCCAUUGCAAGAAAUAGCAAAAAAUACAAGUCUUCUUCUUGUCAACAGCUAUUUCACCCUGCACUCAGUAAGACCAUUCGUCCCAGGUGUCAUAGAAGUUGGAGGAAUGCAUCUCCCACCAGCACCUAAACCUCUUCCCCAGGACAUAAAAGAAUUCCUUGAUGGUGCCAUUCAUGGAGUUAUUUACUUUAACAUGGGCUCAAUGAUCAAAGCAUCAACAGUGCACGAGGAUAAGCUACAUGCAUAUCUUGAAGCUUUCUCAUCACUUCCGCAGAGAAUUCUUUGGAAAUGGGAAGAAGAUUCACUUCCAUAUCAACCUGAAAAUGUUAUGGUCAAAAAAUGGUUACCGCAGUUUGACAUACUCAGUCACCCUUCUGUGAAAGUGUUUAUUGGCCAUGGAGGUCUUCUGGGAACUAUAGAGGCAGUUUAUUUUGGUGUUCCCAUAUUAGGUACUCCAAUCUAUGGUGAUCAGAAAGUUAACAUGCAUAGUUUGACUGAUGCUGGUAUGGCCAUAAAACUCGACUAUGCUGACAUCACAAAAGAGUCUUUACUGCACUCUCUCAGAGAGCUGAUUUAUAAUUCAAGUUACAGAGAAAACGCAAAGCUCAGAUCUGAGUUAUUCAGAGAUCGCCCACAAUCACCAUUAGAGACUGCUGUACACUGGACUGAGUACAUUAUUAGGCACAAAGGAGCAUCUCACAUGCGAUCAGCAGCUGCUGACUUGAACUUCAUUCAGUACCUAUUGCUGGACGUGAUUUUUGUUGUUGCUAUGGGGUUGUUGACUAUUGCAGUUGUGGUAGGCUUCAUUUUGAAGAAAAUAAUAAAGAAAGUACAAAUUUUUUUGAUUCUGAGAAAGAAACUUCAGUGACAACAGUGACUUUUUGUUGCACAAACAGACCACUCUCUCCAUGACAGGUAAUGCAAAAUAUGCUGUUUACAAAAUAGCAUUGUUCCUAUAUUUGUAACCUAUUCAGUAUUAUAAGGGUUUUAUAGUAUAUUUUAGUUUGUGUGUGAAUGAAGAUUAUGUGACUGGAAUUUUUUAUCUCAUAACUAUCUUUGUAACUGUUUUGUGUUUUUCUGUUCAUUUCUUCUUAUGUAAUAUAUUUAUUGAAUUCUUUUCCUGUGUCAUAUUUUAUGAUCAUGUACAUAAAUGAGAAAUUUUAAUAACAGUGAAAUGUAUGUACAAUUUGAUGUGGAAAGAUAACUUUUUGUAAUUACUAAUUUCACUGAUGUAUUUUUAUAUUAAUAUUUUUGAUUUCUAUAAGUCAUCUCUGUAGUCAGUUACCCACAAAUAAAAAGCUUUACAAGUU